CGCAUGCGUAUUUGCUAAUAAUAUUUCGAUACGUAAUAAUUAAUAGAAGAAAUAUGACAAAUAAGUAAUAAGAAGCAUUUUAAUAGUAAGAUAAAAAAUAAUUUGAGCCAAAUUUAAUCAGAUUCUAAUUGAACAAUUAGAUUCAAUUGAUUUGAAUAAUAGUAUUUUCAAGUAAACUUCAAUUUUUUACAAUGUCUGAAAUUCAGAAAUUCGAAGUUUUAUUUAUUUUGGGAGGUCCUGGUGCAGGUAAGGGUACACUGUGCAGGAACAUUAAUGAAAAAUAUGGUUAUGUACAUUUAUCAGCUGGUGAUCUAUUAAGAGAGGAGCGUAUGAAUUCCAAUUCGAAAUAUGGAGAACUCAUUGAAAAUUACAUUAAAGAUGGAAAAAUUGUACCUGUUGCAAUUACUUGUAGUCUUCUGGAUCGUGCGAUGCAGAUGACCGAUAGUCCUCAUAAAAGAUUUCUGAUUGAUGGUUUUCCACGAAACCAAGAUAAUAUUGAUGGUUGGAAUGAGGCAAUGUCCAAUAAAUGUGUAAUAAAAGGAGUAUUGUUCUGUCAAUGUAGUAAAGAAGUAUGUACUCAGCGAUGCUUAAAGCGUGGUGCAGCAGGUAGUGGAAGGUCUGAUGAUAAUGAAGAAGUUUUAGUCAAAAGACAUGAAACUUAUAUCUCUAAUACGUUACCUAUAAUUGAAUAUUUUGAGAAAGAAGGCUUAGUAUAUAAAGUAAAUAGUAUGCAAUUACCAGAGAAAGUAUUUGAAGAAGCUAAAGAAAUUUUAUCUAAAAUAGGUUGGUGAUGGAUUAAUAAAAAAAUUUAAUAAAUGAUCUUAGUGAGAUCAAAUUAUGCUCUAUUUGCAUUUAAUGUUAUUUUAUUACAGAAAAAAUAUAUAUUUUGUAAAAAUAUUUUAU